UCGCGUCGUUCGCGGGAGUCAGCUGUUUAUGUUAUCUGGCAACGCCACGACUUCUGUGAAUAUCGAUAUGCACAUUCAAUAUACGCUCAGCUGUUUUAUAUAAAAUCAUAACUUUUUAGAAAGAUGUAUGUCUAUAUCAGGAAGAAAACCCGCUGAAAUCUGCUCAAAUCUGAAAUGAGUUACUGUCUAUCGAUAUUAGGCUGCCCAACUGCCAUCUCUAUUAGGGACCCUUACUGCAUUUGAAUUAUUUUUGGUGUUAUUUUCGAUCCCAUGCGCGUAAAUGAGCACACAAAACUGCUUGGGCAGCGUGUCAUUCUGGUGCCCUACGAGGCCCGGCAUGUACCCAAGUAUCAUCAAUGGAUGAGCAGUCCCACGCUGCGUAGCCUGACCGCCUCGGAUGAGCUCACCUUAGACGAGGAAUACGCAAUGCAGCAGAGCUGGCGCCAGGACGAUGAUAAGCUCACAUUUAUUGUCCUUUGCGCUGAUAUCUAUAACAAGACUAACGAUGAGAUAGCCGCUAUGGUGGGCGACACAAAUCUCUUUGUGCGCCACGAUGAGGAGUCGCAGCAAUAUGUGGCAGAGGCGGAAAUUAUGAUCGCAGCACCCGAGGCGCGCGGCAAAGGAUAUGGUCGCGAGGCUAUGCUACUUAUGUUCAAGUACGCCCAGCAGCAACUACCCGUGACCAAAUUCGAAGCCAAGAUCGACAUGGAUAAUGCAAUAUCGUUGCGCCUCUUCGAGAGAUUUCAGUUUUCCGAGGUGCGACGCGUGGAGGUAUUCCACGAGGUGACCCUAGAGCGGCCCAUAACAGACGACUGGCUGUCCUGGCUGGAUGAUCAGGUGCAGCUAAGAACUGAGAAAUAUGAUGGUGCUUGAAAAUGAUGUACACUUAGUUAAUGUUCUGUUUAUUACAUUUAUAUUACAACUACUUUGCCUUUAA